AUGGUCAAAAUAAACUCCAUCCUCAUCUCACUCAGCUCACUCAGGGUUUUCUUCCGCCUGUUCCUUGGCCUGUCAGCAGCUUUCCUCCUGCUCGCCCCCCUCCCACCUGGCAAACCCUGCCAUGAUUGCAAGUUUAUUAAUCAGUUUAGAUAUCCCCAUGGACCUCACUUUCAAUAUCCCCCACGGACCUCGCGGACCUCACUUUCGAUACCCAUUAAACGACCUUGCAUAGAACCAAAACCCAUCAUCAUCACCUUGACUUGUGUCAUCCUUUCUUAUCGUUCCUGUACGCUACUUGCAUCGGGGUACACACGUUUGUGUACGUAG